AUGGUAUUAAAAGUUGUUAGAAUUAGAUUCUGGUAUGAACCAGAUUGUAGUAGUAAUAAAAUUAUUUCUUCUCGUAAGCAAAGUUAUGAAUUUAUAUCAAAAAAUUAUUCAAAUACUUUUGGUGUUCCAUAUGAUUAUGGAUCUGUGAUGCAUUAUAGCUUAUAUUAUUUUACAAAUAAUAGAGAAAAAACUAUGAAACCAUUUGACACAUUAUAUGAUAUGACACCAGGACCAAAAUCAUAA